AUGCUUCCCUAUCUUCCUGCUCUAGACAUCUCUAAAUCUGCAACGUCCCCACCGCGUCCCCGCCAUCAGGUUACACGCUCUAUUUCCGAACUCACUCCGACCAAAUUUCACCGCCCCCAUCAUUCCCAUCAACCUCAUUCCCACCAUCGGCACUUCCACCGUCAUGAAAAAGGCCGAGACCAUGUCCCUGAGAGUGGCCGCUCGAAUUCCCAGGCUAAUGGCCUUAACAUCGGGACGUCGAGUAGCGUAGGAACGCCAAACGAGAGUGGGGAUGUGAGUCGUAGGGCCAGUGUCUAUGGCGCAAGAAGGGAAGAUGGGGAGGAAGAGGAGAGGGUUGUUAAGAAGGGCCAGGUGAAGGAGGAGAAGGAAAAGGGAGCACACAGGGCAAGGGAGCUACGAAAUGCCAUAUUGGGCUUAAACACACUGUCGAAUAACACGACUCGGAGGUUGGAUAAUACAUAUUAUUCAGUGCUCGAAAAGCUUAGCGUCUUGCAAAAUACCAUAGUCGCGAUGAAGGAGCUGGCUGGUAUGAACAGACGAGUGAACGAGGACUUUAAAGCAGAGGGUAAGGGGAUGAUUGGUGAUAUCCGCGUGCAAUUAAAUGCGUUUGAGGGAUUUACUAUGCAAGAUAAGAGGAUAGUGGGACUGCAAGACCGAGUUAAGAAGGGUAGAGCGAAAGUUGAGGUACUUGGUAAACGGGUGGAAGUCGUUCGAGAACGAGUGGAAGGCUGGGAGAAGGCAGAGGUUGAGUGGCAGGAGAAGACCAGGAAACGAUUACGGGUACUAUGGCUUAUCAUGUUGGUUUGCGGAGUGGGCUUUAUUGCACUGGUUGUGUUCCAGUAUAUUCCUGCCGGGUCACAAGGUCAGGGCGGAUUGAAGGGGAACGCUUCUAGCCUGGCUGAGCGGAUACCGCAUUUUGAAGAGAUCGGGAAGGAGACGUUUAAUAUGCAGGAGAGAACAGAGAAUGCCUUGGAAGGGUUACUGAACAGGACAGGGGCAAGUCUGGAAGACGACCCAAGACUGAGGCUGUUUGAUGAGUUGUGA